GCUGCGAAAAUAUUUCAAUAUUUACAUAGUAUAUAAUAUUUUUAUUUAAAAAGUGUUAAAUGAUAUUUUGUAAAGGGCAAUUUUUUGUAGCUUAAUUAUGAUAGAGACAAUAAACUGAAAACAUCCAAAAAUGUUAAUAGGUUUGGUCUACAGUUAAUUAUUUCAUGAUGUAUAAUAGAAGCAUCCAGUGUUGCCAAAUAUUCAGUUAAUAAUAUAUUUAAAGAGCGCGUAUAGACGUUCGUAGAAAUAAAAUGGGUAAUAGUAUUUUAUUCCCUCUUUUAUUUCACAUUGUAUUUCAAAUAAAUGUUUGAAUGCAUAUACAUGAAUUUUGCAAAAAUAUAUAGUACAGUUUACUUCAAAUAUAAAGAAAAUGUUCUAUCACAUAUCGUUGGAGCAUGAAAUCUUAUUACAUCCGAGAUAUUUUGGACCCCAACUUCUUGAUACAGUAAAACAGAAGCUUUACACAGAAGUAGAAGGAACCUGCACUGGAAAGUAUGGCUUUGUUAUAGCAGUAACAACAAUAGAUAAUAUCGGUGCUGGUAUAAUUCAACCAGGGCAAGGUUUUGUUGUUUAUCCUGUUAAAUAUAAAGCGAUUGUCUUUAGACCAUUUAAAGGUGAAGUUUUGGAUGCGAUUGUAACACAAGUAAACAAGGUUGGGAUGUUCGCAGAAAUAGGACCAUUAUCUUGUUUCAUAUCUCAUCACUCUAUUCCAGAAGAAAUGCAAUUUUGUCCCAAUGUUAAUCCACCUUGUUAUAAAUCAAAAGAAGAGGAUGUGAUAAUUCAAGCCGAUGAUGAAAUAAGGUUAAAAAUAGUUGGAACAAGAGUAGACGCUACUGGUAUUUUUGCUAUUGGAACAUUAAUGGAUGAUUAUUUAGGUCUUGUAUGUAACUGAAAAGUUCAUACACUAUAUUAUAGAUUACACUCAUAACCUUGUAAAUAUAAAAAGGAAUAUGUUAUAUCAUAUUAUAUACUGCUAUUAAAUGACAAACUGUGAGGAAAUGUAUUUAUAUCACUACAUAUUUGGAAUUUUAAUAAUAAAACUCAGAUUUAAUUAUUACAAUUAAUAAAUA